GUCGUGCCUGUCGCCCAGUCUUGUCCAGUCCUGACUUGUCCUGGCGCUGAUGUGCCGACUUGUCUCUUCAGGUUGUCUUUGUGGUAUGUGAUAUGUGAAGAAGUCGUCUCAUUGACACUACUACUGCUCCUCCUACUACUACCACAGUACUUCGUGGUGGUGGUAUCGAUGUUCUAGCGCUGAGAACGGCACUCCACACCUUCCCGCGCACACCAGCCCAGCCAAGCUACUCUCGCUAUACCUUACCCAGGUACAGUACUACCUACUGCUGUGGUACUGGUACGACGUUGUACAUCAUCGGAGCACACAUCAACAAACAACCAUUCGCUGCCUCACUUUACACCACUCUGAACGAAACCGCCGACAAUGGCUGCCACCAGCGAGACAUCGCCUCUCCUUCCCACCACCACUGCUGACUCCUCGCCAUCCGCGCCGCGACCGACUCCCAAACCAAAGCGCAAUGUCACCUUCAACUCGACCAUAUCAACCGCUUCUCCUCCCAAUCGUCAGCGACCUGUGCCCAUCUCGGUGGGAUCCGCCACACAAUUGCCUGUAGCCACGGCCAGUGCAAUCACUGCCGAAGCCAAGCAACAGCAGAGCCCUCUGUCAGCCUUGAACAGCAAGCUACGAAGAAGAAAUUCCUCGGGCGCAGCGCUGCAACUACCGAACUUCAACCCCGCCAACAAAAUCGGCCCACAGCGCACGACGAGGACUGCUUCGAAGCUGAAGCUCCUCCCCAACCCGGACCUGAGCGAAGAUGGCCCCGACGAGGAGAGUGGCCGCGAUGUCUACUCGCAAUUCACGCGCAUCAAAGACCCCACUGCCAGGAGAGACGCUGCCAGACUGGGGAAGGAGGACCGCCAACGCCUGCCGCGCGUGACUGCAUAUUGUACUGCCUCGAGUUACAGGAUUGAGGAGCUCAUGCGCUUCUUGAAAGGAAGGACGAAGACGAAAGGCGCGAGCCCGAAGCUAUUUGAUGAGUGUUUGUAUUCACCGUACUCGUACAAGAAAGAUGGCUUUGGAAGCGACCGGAGUAGGUCUGGGGAGAGGAAGCGACGGGACAGCGGUGAAGCUGCGUUCCUGGAAGAGGAGGAGGAGGAACAACACCAGCGGCAGCAGCAGCAUGAGAGAGAAGUGGUUCAUAGCCAGCCGAUCAGGAGAUUUAGUGACUCUGCUAUCGAAGUGGAAGAGAACGCGAGAGAACGCAGGGAAGACUUGAUCGAUCUAAACGGAGGAUCCGUCGGGAAUGGCGAACCCAUACCUUCAUCUUCCUCCAGCGUGGAUGUAUCGAGAGCUGCGGAUGACGGCGAGACUGGUACUGGAACAUCCAUUGAACGCGACCCCGAAAUGGACAUUACAGUGCAUAUACCCGAAGUCUUCCUCUUUGAAUAUGGAGUGGUGGUAAUAUGGGGCAUGUCGGUGAAAGAAGAGCAGCGCUUUCUCAAGGAAAUUUCCAAAUUCGAGCAGGAAAAACUUGGAAAAGACGAUGUGCAAACCGAAGAGUUCAACUUUUACUACACGCGAGAGUACCAGGCGCGGAUAUACAACGAUUUCAUCAGUUUACGAGAAAAGAGGAAUUACAUGACGAAGCUGGCCAUCAGCCAUGCACUGGCUCAAUCGACAAAGACCUCCCUAUACGAAGAUCUCCUCGACGGCACCAUCUCCACGACACAAACCAUUCCCUCCCAGAUCGCCUCUACCGGACGGAUUCAAAUGACACGAAAGGAAAUCAACAUGCAAAUUGGCGAAUUAUUCAUUCUGAGAAUCAACAUUCACCUCCAAGGUUCUGUCCUCGACGCUCCCGAGCUUAUGUGGGCAGAACCUCAACUCGAACCGGUUUAUGUUGCUGUGAGGAGUUAUCUGGAAAUGGAUCAACGGGUUGCGCUGCUGCAGGAGCGAGUGGGCGUGAUUGCUGAUCUGUUGGCUGUAUUGAAGGACCAAUUGAGUCAUACGCAUGGUGAAUACUUGGAAUGGAUCGUCAUUGUGCUCAUUGCAGCCGAGAUUCUGGUCGCUGCGAUUAACAUUGUCGUGGAUUUGUAUGCUGGAAGUGAUUGAGAAGAGUGAUUGAAAAGAGAGAGAGAGGCUGGAGUGACAACCAUAAAAAAAAAAUAAAGAACCAUGGUUGCCCUUGCCCCGUCGGGCGUAAUUGGAUUCUUACCUACCUACAGAUCAUACAGAAGCACAUACAGGACAGGCAGGACAAGCAUGUGUUAAGAAAGGCCCAGAGAAAAGACUUGUCAUGUACAUGUACGUUUGUGUGUGUGUGAGUGUGAAAAAUGUAUUGUAAACCUACAUGUACCUUACCUACCUACACGCGCGCGCGCGCGCGAGAGAGAUAUACCUGAC